GAGGCUUGCCGUGAUGCCCAUAUCAUGCCCCCCACCUUUCAGAUCGUGUCUGAUCGUCGAGGCGGUCGCACAGCUUGGUCCAGCCAAGUCACGAUUCAGGGUCAGACUCUUGCAGCACGAUACUGGUACGAUGGCAAGAACCUCAACAACGCCAAAGAAGACGCUGCCGAAUGCGCCCUGAAUUGGCUCAGGACUGCUUGGUAA